UUAGAGAUACAGUAUUAACAUGGCAUGAAUAAUGAAUAAUGAAUAAUAUAAGGAAGAAGAACACGAGUGUUGUGUAUGUAUCGUGCUCGGUCUUUGUCUUAACGAAACUCAGCCAGAUCUCUUGAUUCAGUUACAAUAGAAGAAAAGGUAGAAGCUUCUAGAGACUGGAAAUGGGUUGCAGAAACAGAGACUCCUUCACAGAGGAUCACACUUGUUCAUCUUCUUCGCUCAGCGAUGCCUUGCUUUUGACGACCAUGUGCAUCGUUGGCCUCCCUGUCGAUGUUCACGUUAAGGAUGGCUCUGUCUAUUCUGGAAUCUUCCACACUGCUUCUGUUCACGCCGAUUACGGUAUUGUUUUGAAGAAAGCAAGGAUGACCAAGAAGGGAAAGGGCAACACCAAUGUGGGAAAUGAGGGCUUGGUGGACACGCUAGUGAUUCUAUCUGGUGAUCUAGUGCAAGUUGUUGCUAAGGGAGUAAUGCUUCCUGCAGAUGGUGUUGGUGGAAACAUAACUGGUGAUGAUGAGGAAGCAGUUGCACAUAGUGUUUGUUCCGAGAGUAAAACAUGUGAGGUAGAGAAUCAUACAGGGCCUUUAAUGGAUGCAAAACAGAUUAAUCAAUCAAGACAAGCUGGAGACGAUAAGUCAAACUCAAAAGGGAAAGCUGAUGAUUGCACACAGAAGUCUGGGUUUGUUAAUGGAAAAAUUGAUGAAAAGAUUCAAAGCCUCAAUUCAAGCCAUGAAGCUGAUACUUGUCUAGGCCAAGAGGUGGCUGUUGAGCAUGAAAGCACAGAUAGCACAUCAAGUCCUUUUGAUAAUGGAUUAUUCUGCAACAAUGCUCCUGCAUCUGUUAAAACUGAUGAUCGGUGUAGUGAAAGGUCUACUUCAGCAGAGUCUGUCUCGACAAAUUCAACCCAUGGUGUGGAUCUCAUCUCAGAGUCACAGCCAGCAAGGUCUGCUGAAAUAUCUGCUCCAAGGGUUACAGAUUCUUCAAGAAAUGCUAAGGAAUUUAAGCUCAAUCCAGCCGCCAAAACAUUCUCUCCUUCUUUUACGAAUCCUAUGUCAGCAACUUCUGCUGCAAACAUGGUAUACAUACCAAAUAGCUCUCCUGUGGUACCUGUUGCUAGUAUUCAACCAGAAGUUGGAUUCAAUACUUUUGCUUCCCGGCCAUCAGUGCCUGUUAAGGUUGCACAGUAUAAUAAUUUGACUGUGGGAAAUGGUGGCAGUGGCUCUCAGUUUUCUCAACCUAUUGUAGGACAUGUGGCACAUAGAACCCAACCUCUACGGUAUGCAACACAUUACACUCCUGUUUUGUCUGAAACUGCGUAUUUGCCACCAAGCUCUCCUGCUGUUAUGGUUGGACGUUCCCCGCAGUUAGUCUAUGUUCAGCCAGUUUCCCAUGAUUUGAUUCAUGGAGCAACAGCUGUUGCACCAGUCUCAGCUCGCCCUUUGUUGAAUCAUGUACAAUUUCCGAAGCAGCAAGGAGGAACAAUUGGUCCAGCAAUGCCAGUUUGUGUGCCCCCACCUGUCCUAACAAGUGGACAUCAGCCCUUUGCACUUCAAAGCCACAUUCCACUUCUGCAACCUGGCUUUCCUGUCACACGACCUAUUUCAGUCCCGGGACCAAAUGGUUUCUAUGGCACUAAGUUUUAGUCAAUUUUUCAUUCAGAUUCUGGUGUUAAUAUCCCUUUCUCUGGGUUAAGGCUCAUUUUUCUUUUCUGUGUUUUUUUCUGAUAGAUUAUGCUUAAAAAAUUUUGUCUUCUCUUAUUUGUGAGAACUGAGUGUACAGUGGCUUUCAGCUGGCAAAAUUAUGUGAUACUUUAGCUGUUUGAAGUCAAGGUUUUGGGAGUCUUCAUCUGAAGAUAAGGUUCAAUUGUAUGUUUGGUGUUGGGAAAGAUUUUUCCUUUAAAGGUUGAUAUUGUAUGUUUGGCAAUUGAACUUGAAUGAGUUCUUUAUAAACAUUAAGCAUAUUGAAUGUAGAUCUCAGUUGAUUAUUUAGUAACUUGAGCUUGAA